AUGGCUCGGGCUCUCUCCCCAUCAGACACCGCCUCGCGAUCCUCUUUUUCCUCUGUUCGUGAAAACGACGAUGGUCUUGCUCAGACCUUUACUAGAUCCAAAGUUUCGUCCUACAUUGACGCCCCCGAGGAUGUGUUCGACGAGUCUCCCACCUCUGAGAUUCCUCAACCCUCCUUCCAGGCGCCGUUGACGCAGCCGCACAGCAAACUCCAUGGCUUCUGGUAUCCACCAGAUAGCUUCAAAGGAUGGAGAGAAAUCCCCAUCAAGGGCAAGAAGCAGAGCCGCAGCUUUGAGGAUUUGCGCAAGUUGAGCCUGAGCUGGGAGUCGCCGCCAACAUCCCCCGCUCCCAUCAAGAAGCAGCUUACCGGUUCAUAUCCCAUCGGCAAUGCUCCUAUCGAGAGGCUCCCUAGUGAAGUUCUGGGCCCCAUUAUCGACUUGCUGGUCGUCGAAAUUCCUCCCAAUGGGCUGACCACACGCAACACCGAUUUGAUGGCACUCCUUUUGGCCUCGCGGACCAUUCACGCCACCACGCUCACAACUCUUUACCGCCACGUCACUAUUCCUCACUCUCGAAUCUUUCGCAAGUUUCUCAAUACUAUUACCCAAUAUCCUGCUCUUGGCACAAUUGUUCGCCGCUUGGACUUCAGCCAUUUCAACCCUUCGAUGCUCUUUUCCACGGCUAGCGAGCGAGCCAAGACACAGAAUCUUACUACCGACACUCUUGCUCAGUGUCUCGAGAUAACUCCAUACCUGCAAGAGUUUUUAGCCCAGGAGUAUGUCGACAUUGAUCUAGGCCCUCCUGUUCUGCGAAAAUUGUUCUUUGACUUGCCUAAGCUGCGAGCGCUGGACUUUUGCGGUUGCUCAUCGACAGUCUUCAAGAAUUCCUUCAACACUAUUCUUCAAGACACCUGGCCAGAGCAGCUGGCCAUUACCAGGCUCUCGUUUCACAAGUGUCUCGGUCUCUCAUCAACCGUUUUUACAACUAUUUUGCCUCGAUUGGGCAAGCUCACCCAUCUAGAUGUCGCUGAGACACACAUUACCGACGAGGCCCUUUGCCUGAUACCCAAAACAGCGCAACUCACUCACCUGAACCUUGCCAAGUGCAAAGAGUUGUCUGCUGAAGUCGUGGUCAAAUUCGUUACUGCCCAUGAAUCCACUAAAGAUUCCCUCGUCUUCUUGAGCCUGGCUACCGAUCCUACGAAUCACCUGCUGCUGGGAAAGGAUGAUAUCGACGGACUUCUGCCGAAUUUGCCCAAAACACUCAAGUCCCUGAGCCUUCGUGGUAGCAGAAUGCACGCGUCUCACAUCCCCGAACUAACCCGCCUCGCCCAGUCCCUCGAAGAGCUCGCUGUCGGACGCGGAUUGGAAAUGAGCGAUAUCCACAAGCUCUUUUGCCACGGUCAGGAAUGGCUCCAGCACAAUCUACGUUUCCUCGAUAUUUGUGACAUUGAGACCAUCAUCGGUAGUGCGAGCACUUUGCUCGCCCCUGCCUCUGCUCCCCUUCACGUUAUCGAAAUAGCAGAGCGAGCCUAUGAACGCGCCGCCAAGGUCAACAAGAAUCUCCAACGAGUUGGUUGGGUGGCAAAGGAGUUUGGCAGCCGCUAUUGGCUUGUGCGCAUGAACCCCGAUGGCUCUACCAGAGACAACGGUGGACGCCAGUGGAAGAUGGGCGCUGAAAGUUGGGGCAUGAGAAAGAUUCCCGUUGCGGUGGCAGAAGUUGGUGGAAUGUAUGGCUCCUUCAUGUUUGGACGCCGGGUGUAG